AUGCUGCUUCUCCUGGGGGCGUUCACUCACAUCUCUGUCUUGCUGCCCGUCGUGUAUUUCACGAUUGCCCGGGCCAACCGUUUUGCGUACACGAAAGCGGUGGCGACGAUCUACGUGGUUGCCGCGGGCGAGGCGAGCUCGAUAGCAAGUCACGAUGAUCGUCUCGUCUCUCCGAUCGCGACCGUGGUCGACAUGAACGCUUCCGACAACAACAUGGCCAUCCACGUCGUGUUCAUAGCGUACAAGGAGAACUCUGUGCUGUCCGUGGCAGAUAUUGCGAUCCUCACGCUCGUGUCGCGCUUGGUGAGGAGGCGAACGCCCCCGAUUCCGCACGGUGCGCCGACGCCCCAUGCAACCCUCCCCAUGUCUUUCCACAUCGAGAUUUCGUGCGUCCUCGUCCCCAAUGGCCUCGCCACGCGGGAAAAUCAUGGUAUCACGCGCCUCAUUGCAGAGCAAGGCGACGGUAUCGUGAUCGAAACCAAACACUCGAGCCGACAUGACUGCGCGAGCUCGAUCGACGGCGCCAUCCUUGUAUGGUGA